AUGCGCCACUCCGUGAAGUGUUUAGCGGGUAUCAUGUUCACCACCCGGAGUCCACUACGGUCAGGCUACAAAUAUUUCGAAGAUAUGUUCCCCAAGCACGAGCCGGCACCUCGGUACAACACCUACGAGGAACAACAGCGAGGCGCCACUGUUAAGUCAUUAGAGCCACGGCGUCAACUUAGCGAGUCGGAGAAGCUCCACCAUUUGCACGACUGGAAGAAAGAACAAGAUGGCUUAACGCCUCCACCAGAGUUUGGUUGGCCAGAGGAGUGGGGUCCGGAACCCGGUGAAGAGGGCCAUAGCGAGUGGUACAAGAAAAAUCGCGUAUAUAUGUCAUAUGAAGAAAAGGCAAAAUAUGACUUCCGUUUAGGUGUUCCGGUAGAGAAAAACUCGAUGAGACAUCAGGAAAUGCCGUACCACCGCCGUAUGAAGGCCGCCUACCACAACCUACAGGAGGAUAAACCGCAAUGGUUCGACCCCCGGCAACGGAAAUAUUGGGCCCAAUACUCUUACGAAGAUCAGCGUGACUCUGUGGCUAAGUCAAGGGAUGAUUACUUGCGCGAGUGGUUGGAUAAGCCGGAUGUUACACAAGAAAAUGUGGCGAAGAAAAUUGGUGACUACAACGGUACAGCGAAGCACCAGAGUGUGAAACCGGUGCAAAGGCGGCCAGAGUGGGAGUUGGCUCCCCUACAGGGGAAGAAGAGUGAUUGA